UGAUGUUGUUUUCAUGGUGCUAGAUCAAACACGUCGUUCGGGUCAUCGCCGGCGUGCCGAAGAACGUUCUCUUGCAUUUGUCAGCCAGACACACCCGCUCUAGCUGCCCUUCUCCCUAGCGUUCGAUAUUGGCGCCUCAGAUUCCCGUCAUCACGAUUCUUGCUUGUUCGUGACGAUCUUGAGCGCACCGCGGACGUAGCCUCGCCUUGCCUGUUGUUGCAAAUUUCCCACUUUGAGCGACUUGUGCCCCACUACCGUACUCUCAAAUCUGUCGUGCUUCCGGAAGGAGGGGCAAGUGAGUGCGCAAAACCACCUAUUACCAUUCUUUCACGCCCGCGGACCAACCGUUUAUCCGAUUUCUUGACGGGAUGGGUCUACUUGCUAUUGGUACGCCCCUCGAGUGGCCUGAAGCUAAGAAGGUCGCCAGUCAUGUGAGAUCUUGGGGUAUUGAACAACUGUUGGCAAUCUGGCGAGACUACAGGGGCAAGGAAAGAGAUGCACUGCUGUGGGGAGACGAGAUCGAGUAUCUAGUGGUUUGCUAUGAUCAGAAUAACCACAAAGUUCGAUUGUCACUUCGGCAGGCCGACAUUCUCACGGCGUUGGCUACGGAUGAAAGGCUUCUUGCCGAAGGUGGAGGUGUACCUGAUGUGCAAACCGGCGACACCAAAGGAAUAGCAAAUCCUGCGCCAGUCUUUCACCCCGAGUUUGGACGCUUUAUGCUCGAAGCAACCCCCGGGAAACCAUGGGGUAUUGGCUUCAAAGACCUACUGGAUGUAGAGCCCAACAUGAAGUGGAGACGGAAGAUCGCCAAGGAGCAUAUGGAGGCGAAUGAGUACCCCAUUACCCUGACAACCUUCCCUCGGCUUGGCAACAAGGACACCUUAGUCCCAGACUACCCGCCCUCAGGCCCAAAGUUGAGGUCUCAGUUUGUCCCGGACGAGAUUGCCAACCCUCACAUUCGUUUCCCAACAUUAGCGGCGAACAUCCGCUGGCGCAGAGGCAGGAAGGUGCAGGUGAACGUACCUGUCUUCAAGGACGAGAACACACCCUGGCCGUGGAAGGACCCAACUGUUAAUUAUGAUCUUCACAAUUGGCCCGAGGAUGACGACGUUCGAAAUGGUGCUGCGCCAGACAACUUCAUUCAUAUGGAUGCCAUGGCUUUUGGUAUGGGCAGCUGCUGUCUUCAAAUUACCUUCCAAGCCAAGAACAUCGACGAGGGGCGGACAAUGUAUGACCAGCUCAGCCCAUUGGGACCCAUCCUUCUUGCAUUAACUGCAGCUACACCCGUAUACAAGGGUUUCCUAGCCGAUACCGAUGUGCGCUGGAAUCAGAUCAGCCGGGCGGUAGACGAUCGUACGCCAGAAGAGCUGGGCGAACAGCCUCUCAAGAACAAUCGUUGGCGACUUCCCAAGUCUCGUUACGCUUCUAACUCGACAUACAUCUCGCAAGAUCCACGUCUAAGGAAAGAGUACCUGGACCCUGACCUCAUCAUCGAUGAAAAUCUCAAGAAGCGCUUGAUUGAAGGUGGCAUGGAUGAUGCUCUUGCAACACACUUCGCCCACCUGUUCAUCCGAGAUCCCAUCGUUGUCUUCAAUGAAGACCUCAAUGAGCUCGAUCUUACCAAGGCUGAUCACUUCGAAAACCUGCAAUCCACCAACUGGCAGCACAUGCGUUUCAAGCCACCACCAAUUGGAUCCGACAUCGGCUGGCGAGUCGAGUUCAGGCCAAUGGAGAUUCAGAUCACCGACUUCGAGAACGCAGCUUUCUCCAUCUUCAUCGUCCUCAUUACCCGCGCAAUCCUAUCCUUUAACCUAAACUUUUAUAUCCCUAUCACACGAGUGUCAGAGAACAUGGAAAUAGCACAUAUUCGCGACGCUGUCUCGAGCCAAAAGUUCUGGUUUAGGAAGUCACCUUUUCCCUCGCAGCCCUCAAGCCGCUCGAACGGAACCGGCACAUCGACGCCCGCCAACAUGCCCAGCCGACCUCCUACACCUGGUCCAGUCGAAGAUGAGUACGAGCAGAUGAGCGUGAACGAGAUCAUCAACGGCCAGCAAACAGAGGGAGGUUUCCCUGGUCUUAUCCCACUAGUCGAAUCGUACCUCAACAGCAUGAACGUCGAUGUCGAGACAAGAUGCGAUCUAGCGACGUACCUAGAUCUCAUUAGAAAGAGGGCAAACGGCACGUACUGGACGGCAGCGAAGUGGAUCAGGAACUUCGUGCAGACGCAUCCAGAGUACAAGAAGGACAGUGUUGUCAGCGAUGAAAUCACGUACGAUCUCGUCAAGGCGGCGGAGCAGAUCACGAAACAGGAGGGCCGUGAUGGGCUAGGCAAGGAGAUGUUAGGUUUACGAAGGUAGACCUGACAUCUGACAGGCUGCAUGCCUUAGAUGUGGGACAGAUGGACA